UAUGAUUAUUAAUGCUAAGCUGUGCAGUUGUUUUUUAACCGUGAACUAAAUAUUAUUUUCCGAAUACUGUGUAAUUGGUCAGCGUCUCGCGUAAGGGGAAAAAUUGAGAAAAUUAUGACGACCAAUCACACGGCUGUACUCCUCCCUUUUCCCCCCGGUGCCCCCUCCCCUCCCCCCAGGUAAAGAGCUUCGACGCGAUAACACAGUGCGGUGCGAUAGCGCGCGAUUGGGACGCGCGGCGAGCGGCAAUGAGUGCUCUCUGUACACCUCAAAUUUACCUAACCCAGCUUAAUUAGGACGCUUACAUAUUACAAACACGUUAAACUCGAAUUAUGAAGAGCAUGCAGUUGUCACGUGGGGAGGAUCCACAAGCCGAUAACGGCAGUGAGGCGUUGCAGCUUGUUAAGAACGAGGAGCGGGUCGAAGGCACAGCCGGUGCUAAUGAAGGGGAACAGUUGCCUGAGGGCGAGCAGCAGUCAGUAAUCACAUCGCGCCGAGCGUUACGAACUAUCACAACAGCUGGACACAUCACCGAGACUCCCGAAGGUAUAGAUGACGUUAAGGACGAGCCACCCGAACCGCAGUUGGAACCCUACCGUACGGCCGCAGAGUCCGAACGACCAUACGAUGAAGAACGGCUGCGCGCCGCUGAGCAAGACGCGGCACGCUACCUCGCUUUUAAGCAGGAGCCCUACCGUGCACAACAGCCGCCUUCACCGUCUAAUCAGAUGGAUAAACGCGCUAUCCCAGCUUACCGCGCACCUGCAGGGCGCCCGCAAUACGGACGUAGUUUGGCGCUGCGCUAUGGAGCACCGUACCACGUUAUAGUAUCACAGGAUGGCGAAGAAGCGCCGCCCGAUGGAACCGAGACCUACGCAGGAGAGGCUGACGCGCGUCACUAUGCUGUAGCCGCCGCUUUGCAAACUGAUCAUGGGCCUACUUUAGAAAUGAUCCAGACAACAGCUCUCAAUAAUCAGCAAGCCGUCGGUGUCGCUUACCAACAGGUGAAGUACGAAGGGCGUGGAUCGGGAAUCGCAGGAGGGGCGGGGAGUUCUGGUGGCGCUGGAAGCGCAAGCGAAGCGGAAGCGCGGGCAAGCACGUAUGCAAGCUUGCAACCUGUGACGUCAGUGCAAGGCGGAUAUACUUACGCACAAAGUCCUCAGUAUGCCACUGGAGGCUAUGGUGCCUACGCGCCUGCCGCACCCACUAAAGAGCUGGUGACGCUGUAUGGAGGUGGCGGCGGUCGCGGUGAGGAUAGCCCGCCGCAAUUGCUAUACCGCGCUGAUCCCACUCUGGCGUCAUCGGGAUUAGGCACUCGAGUAGUAUACGGCCAAGCUCCUUAUGAGCCGCCGGCUAGCCCUGCGCCGCAGCAGGUCACGCUGUACUCGCACGGCAGCGCGGUGCAGUACAAGGUGGGCGGUGAAUACCUCACCCAGAGUGGAGUUGAAUACGUACCUGUCUCUGGAUACGAAACUGGUCUGCUUGUUGAGAGCUAUGCACCACCCUCGCAGCCCUGGCCUUCGCAUAACUUGUUACCUAUGGAUGAGCAGUUUGACCCUGGAAUGGCUGGCAUGGGCGAAGUCAAGGAGUGCGUGAACUGUGCGGCCGCUACCACACCGCUGUGGCGCCGCGACGGCACCGGUCAUUACCUGUGCAAUGCAUGUGGUUUGUACACGCGCAUAAACGGGGUUAACCGACCGCCACUCAAAGGACAGAAGGCAAAGCCACAGCAAGCGCUGCCGACCAACGGCAACCGACGCGUAGGGGUGACCUGUGCAAAUUGUCGCACAUCCAACACGACGCUUUGGAGGCGCAACAACAACGGUGAACCAGUAUGCAACGCCUGCGGCCUCUAUUACAAGCUGCAUAAUGUCAACCGGCCAUUGAGUAUGAAAAAGGACGGCAUCCAGACUAGGAAACGGAAACCAAAGAGUAUGGGUGGUGGACAUAGCGGACAUGGUGGACACGGUGGCGUAUCCCGGGGCGGCGGUUUAACAGUGGAGGCACACUCGCACAAGGUGCUGCCUCCGCUGUACGCAGCUGUGGAAGGCGCCGCGCCACUGCUGCUGCUACCUGCAACGCACCACGAAGGCGCGCUAUCAGCGUUAGAUCGAGGAAGUGCUACACCGACGUCGCACUACAGGCCUCCCUAGUGCCAAGGUAUACUACAUUGCUCAAUUCCUCGCUUAACAUUAAUCAGUACAAUGCAAUGGGAAUCUGCUCUCAAUAGAUGAGUAUAACAUACUACUCAGUAAGGAUGGAUACAAUUGAAAAGAUUAAUUGAUAUUAACUUAAGAACGACGGUAUCAGAAAGAUUUACUCUGAUUUUAUUGAGUAAUUUAUGUUAUGACAAACUUUACUUUACCACUUAGCAAAGAAGCUUAUACAAAUGGAAGAUAUAAGUUCUUACACAGCGUUUAAAGUUACUUAUGGUAUUUAAAUUCACAACUGUCACGAUUUAACUAUUAAUCCACAAUAAAAGAUUAAUAAACUGUCUUUAAAAUUACGAUAAGUUAACGAUUUCUAAAACAAAGAAGUUUUUCUUUUCAUGUAAAAGAUUUGUUAGAGGAAACGCCACUAAAAUUGUAUUUACCGACCGCUUUCUGAGUUCUGUAAUUACUUUUAAUGUUAUAGGUGUAACAGAUAUGUAAAUAAAAUCUUUAUAGUACCAACUGUGUACGAAUAAUUAAUGUAUGUACUUAGAUUAUAUUAUCUUUUAAGCCAAAGAUAAAGUCAAACCAAAAAGCGAAAUGCGAAUGCGGUAAUUAAUAAUUAUUAAAAAUCAGGCGUUAUGGGAAAUUUUAAUCUUUAUUACGAGAUAGCCCUUAGUUCACCUCUUCUAAAUAUGUCUGUUAAAUGAAGCGAGAAUAAUUGCUUCUAGUCUUAUGUGAAAAGUUAGCUAAAAUCUUUAUCUUGAGGUUGAUAGAGAAUAACGCUGUUUAAAAGAGGUUAUACUUUGGUUUGCAAAUACGGUCAUGUGCCUUUACUUUGAAAUUAAUUGUAUUGUAAUUGCAACUUUAAUGCUUGAUGUUAUAUUGUAUGCUGUAUCAGUCUUUCUUUGGCAGUCAUGGUGACUCUUUAACUCCUUUUCUUUAAACAGUUGGACAAUUGAAGAAAAAUGUUAUUCUUCUAAGGCUACUUAAGGUAUAAGAUACCACUAGCCUACCACGUAACUUCAAUAGCGAUCCGAAUUUCAAUAAUGAGUUUACCUACCACGUAAUUCCAAGUUUGCGAUAUCAGCCAUCUGAAUAUUGAGACAUAAUAGAAAAGAAAUAACUUGUCUUUGAAAUCGUUAUUGAAGUUAAUAUUAAAAUAGUCUAUAGACUAUUCUAGGGUUUUAAUAGCGAUGGGUGUCGCCAUCUAGCGGACUACGACGAAUUUAUAGUAUAUAACGUGCCAGUGAACAAUUAAUAUAUGAAAUAGAUAAUAUUGUACAGGCAUUUAUUUAUGUUUAGUGAUUUUAAGUAGACGUUUUUGUAACAUAUGUAGUUUUAAGUGUAUGUUUUGUAAUAAAUCU